UCGCUCAGGCGACGAGCAAGAAGGUUUUUUUAUGCGCGUGCGUACGUCAUCAUUAAAUUGAGUCACUUUAGCAUAAGAAUCCUUAAGGGCAAUAUGAAAUUUUGACGUUAAUAUUUAAGGGGAAAAAAAAAAUACAUUUUUUAACGAAACGUUAUAACAUCAAAUUUGUAAAAAGAAAGAGACCAGAAUGACGGGAAACAUUUUAAGUUUAUUGAUAAGACCAACGAUAUCGUCGAAUUUAAAUUGUCUGAUACGUCGUUAUACGUGCAUGUCAAGCAAUGAUAUUUGCAACAUAUACGAUCUCGUUGUCGUUGGUGGUGGAAUCGUGGGAUGUGCUACGGCGCGUGAAAUGUUAAUAAGACAUCCUAAUUUGAAAAUAAUUAUCGUAGAAAAAGAAAAUGCAUUAGCGAAACAUCAAACAGGCCACAAUAGUGGCGUAAUUCACUGUGGCGUUUAUUAUAUGCCUGGUAGUAUAAAGGCGAAGCUGUGUGUCGAAGGUUUAAAACUGACAUAUGACUAUUUAUGCAAGAACGAUAUACCUCAUAAAAAGAUAGGUAAAUUGAUAGUAGCUCAGAAUCACCAACAGGUUGAUUUGAUAAAUGCUCUUUUCGAACGAGGAUUGAAAAAUAAUGUACCUGAUCUUCAAUUAGUCGAUAAAGAGUGCAUCUCAAAUUACGAACCAAAAUGUAAGGGUGAAAAGGCCAUUUGGUCGCCAUGGACGGGAAUUGUAGAUUGGGCUGAGGUUUGUAAUCAUUUUGCCAAAGAUUUUCAAAAAUUGGGCGGUGAAAUAUUGCUUAAUUAUGAAGUUGAAGGAUUCGCAGAAAUGGUGGAAUCGCAAAUAAGAGAACAACUUGCACCUAUAAUCGUUCAGUCUAAAAAUAAGUUUAUUUUAACAAAAUAUGUAUUAACAUGCGCUGGUCUACAUUCGGAUCGUUUAGCCGUCAUGACAGGAUGCGAUCAAAAUCCACGGAUAGUUCCCUUCCGAGGCGAAUACCUUCUUCUAAAUAAAGAUAAAACACAUUUAUGUACAACGAACAUAUAUCCGGUACCUAAUCCGGAAUUACCGUUCUUGGGCGUACACUUUACGCCUAGAAUAAAUGGCGAAAUGUGGCUAGGCCCGAAUGCAAUUUUGGCGCUAUCUAGAGAAGGUUACAAAUGGAAUAAUAUCAACAUAAGAGAUUGCAUAGAAAUGGCCAAAUUUCCUGGAUUGUAUAAGCUCUGCUUCAGGUACUUUGUACCUGGAGUUACAGAAAUAAUUAAAUCAAUUUUCUAUCCAUUGGCAGUAAAGGAUCUUCAAAAAUUUAUACCAGAAAUUUCGUAUAAAGAUGUAAAGAGAGGACCAGCUGGUGUCAGGGCACAAGCAUUAGACCGUGAUGGUAGACUGGUAGACGACUUUGUUUUUGACAAUGGAAAUGGGAAUAUUGGAAACAGAGUUCUUCAUUGUCGUAAUGCUCCUUCACCUGCUGCAACGAGUAGCAUGGCCAUAGCAAAACACAUUGUUGAUAAAAUGGAAAAUAAUUUCAAGUUUUAAUAUUCUGUGAUAUGAUUGAAGGAUCUAAUGAAAUUUCUCAGCAAUGAGAAAAGUUCCACUUUCUUGUACACAGUAAUUAUACUUCAUAAUAGAAUCUGUUACUGUCCAAAAUAUAUAUCAUAAGAUUAUAAUAUAUUUUCCUAUGCUGUUUCUAUAUAUUAGUUAGUACUUGAUAUCUCGUAGCAAUCACAUAAUGCAUUGCAUGUGUUUAUAAAACAAUUUAUUAAAAAGAAAUAAAAACGAAAUGAAAUUUU